CCCCAUCUCUCCCGAUGAUGCAUUGAUCGGAAUAUGUGAUCGUAUAAAUCUUCUCCGUCGUUUCUAUCUUGUUCAGCCAUUGAAGGUCAUCGCUCUUAGUUUUAUCUCCUCACUUAGAGAAUCCAUAGGGAAAGUGAGAUUUUUAGACGAUUAAGCUAUAUAUAUAUAUUUUUUUUUGUAAUCUUAUUUUAAGACACAAUGUUGAAGCCUAUUAAACAUGUGUCGGAACCUGACACUGUCGCCGAUAAGCUUCGCAGAUCACUGAAUAUGUCAAAUAGUAAACCAGACAAUGGUCAUGUCGAAUUCGGAUCGCCAAUUACUCCACUUCAGACACAACCGAGUGGACUCACCUCCGCGGCAACCACCACUUCCAACAGUAGCUUCAGUUCUAGCUCAUCCGGAUCGGUAUCGGGCCGUGCCGUACACACUCCGGUUUCAACAAAAACCGACUCCGGUCGGUCAAAUCCCUCCGCCGUACAAUCUUCUAGGGCCACCGCUCCCUCCGCCUCUCAAACUUCUAAGACAAGCAAUCCCUCCGCCGCUAAAUCUUCCAAGUCCACCACUUCCGGGUCUAGCAACCCCGCCGGCGCUAAAGCGGGGUCGAACCCGAGACCGGGACGUGUCUCUUCAGCGUCGGACUCAGCUUCUGGCUCAACAAAACGAUCAACAAAAAGCUCGACUCCGCCGCCGCAGCCGGUGAAAAUCCUCCCCGGCGGGAAUCUUUUCCCGUCCGGGAAGGUUCAUAUAACAGGGAUGACACAAGGAGUGCCAAAACGCAUGAUUCUCGGACCAGGCUCCAAGUCCUACGGAUACGGUAGCGUAAUGCGAGGAACAAACAGCUAUUCGUCAACGCCUGCAAAGCUAACAACGAGUUCUGGUUCUUCUUCCUCCGGUGCACUCGUAAUAUCCCGCUGCUCUAGCGGUGGUGGUGGCUCUGAGGUGGAUACGUCGUGGAAGAGAGUGAUGAACAGUCCCAAUCCAGAGGAGGUAAAGAGACUUGGAAACGAAAUGUUCAAGAAAGGUUGUUUCAGUGAGGCUUUGAAGUUUUACGACCGAGCGUUAGAGCUCUCGCCGAGUAAUGCCACUUACCGUAGCAACCGAGCAGCUGCUUUGUCUGGUUUAGGUCGGAUUGCUGAAGCUGUGAUUGAGUGUGAACAUGCUAUUAAACUGGAUCCGAAUUUUGCAAGGGCUCAUCAUCGUUUAGCCACAUUGCUUCUUAGAUUAGGUCAAGUUGAUAAUGCGGGGAAGCACUUCUUUUCUGUGGAGGAGCCAUCAGAUCCCAUGGUGGUGAAGGUGCUUGAAGAAGUUGAUAGACACUUGAACAAAUGCGCAGAAGCAAGAAGACGUGGUGAAUGGAAUAUUGUUUUGACAGAAGUAAGUGCAGCUAUGGAGUCUGGAGCUGAUAUGUCUCCUCAGCUAGCUAUGUGUAAAGUUGAAGCACUAAUGAAGCUCCUAAGGCUUGAUGAGGCUCAGACAAUACUAGCAUCUGCCCCCAAAAUAGAAAUAUUAUUACCAUCAUCUUUCACACGGAUUCGGUUUUUCGAUAUGAUCUCUGAAGCUUACACAUAUUUUGUAAAAUCUCAGAUGGAAUUGGCUCUAGGAAGGUUUGAAAAUGCGGUUACAUUUGUAGAGAAAGCUUCAGAAAUGGAACCACGAAACAGUGAAAUUGAAACAUUGAAUAGAAACGUUAAAAUGAUUGUUAGGACGCGAGAUCGUGGUAACGGUCUUUAUAACUCAGAAAGGUACACUGAAGCGAGC